CAUGCAUGUCUAACUCCUCCUUUCACCUUUUGCUGUUGAUUUCCCUUCCAUUUAUUUUAUAGCUUCUGCUGUGCGGGGUCCUUCAAUCUCACUUGGGGGAACCUCCGUCAUGGAGCCUUAAUUACAUUUUUCAUGCUCUCAAUAUUGAAUGAAGAUAUUGCUUAGUAUCAAAACUUGAACAUACAUACUAUAUCUACCAACCGGGAAUCCUCUUCCUGGACGUUUUGUUUUUUUAUUCUAGACACUCAGAAAAAUGAAUUGUUUUCCGUGUUUUUCAAAGACUAAGAGAACCAACAGCAAGAGGGAGCAACAAGGCGUUAUACCACAAGAAAACGUUGUCACAAGGACACCACCAGAUGUAAAGAAACAAAAGGCAGAUGAUCCAAACCAAGUUGACACCUCAAAUAUUCAAGCACAAAAUUUCACAUUCCGUGAGCUUGCAAUUGCAACAAAGAAUUUCCGCCAAGAAUGUUUGUUGGGAGAAGGGGGCUUCGGCAGAGUUUAUAAGGGAACAAUUCCUGCAACCGGGCAGGUGGUAGCAGUGAAGCAACUCGACCGAAAUGGGGUCCAAGGUAGCAAGGAAUUUCUGGUUGAAGUUUUGAUGUUAAGUCUCUUGAACCAUGAAAAUCUGGUCAAACUCACUGGUUAUUGUGCUGAUGGAGAUCAACGUCUUUUGGUCUAUGAGUUCAUGCCAGGGGGCUGUUUAGAAGACCGUCUUCUUGAGAGGAAAACAGAUGAACCUGCAUUAGAUUGGUACAACAGAAUGAAAAUAGCAUCAAAUGCGGCGAAAGGACUAUGGUACUUGCACGACAUGGCCAACCCUUCAGUUAUAUACCGGGACUUGAAAUCCGCCAACAUCCUGCUGGAUAAUGAUCACAAUGCAAAACUAUCUGAUUAUGGACUGGCCAAACUUGCUGGUAAAGAUAAGACGAACAUUGUACCAACAAGAGUUAUGGGCACCUAUGGUUACAGUGCUCCCGAGUACGUAAGAACGGGUAACCUCACCUUGAAAUCAGAUGUGUACAGUUUUGGAGUUGUCUUGCUAGAGCUCAUAACUGGACGCCGUGCCAUUGACACCACAAGAUCGCACGAUGAACAAAAUCUAGUUUCAUGGGCACAACCCAUAUUCAGGGACCCAAAAAGAUAUCCAGACAUGGCAGAUCCAAGUCUGAAAAAAAAUUUCCCAGAAAAGGAUCUGAACCAAGUUGUUGCAAUUGCAGCCAUGUGCUUACAGGAGGAAGCAGCAGCGCGUCCUUUGAUGAGUGAUGUUGUAACUGCUCUCAGUUUUCUUUCCACCUCUCCUCCAGAGGUUGUUCCUGAAGCCCAGAGUGCUGCUCCUGAAAAUGAAGCUGGAUCUGGUAAGGACAGCGAUAGCUCCUCCUCCAAUGAAGAAGAGGAGAAUGUAACUGCUCAAACUCAGGUUAGUGCAAAAUACCAAGAGAGCGAAGACGCCUCAGAGAAUGAGUAUGAUUAUUAUGGGAAUGAAAACCAACAAAAGUACAGUCCACAAGACAUCAAACAGACCAAGGAGUUCUACUCCAAAUCAAGCCGCAAGAGCAGCACCAGAUCAAAGAACGGAACCACUUCUUCUAGCUACAGAAGCAGCUCCACUUCAGAUUCAGAGAAUGGAAGCAACAAAACCAGUAGGAAAAGCAGCAGAAAGAACGGCAGCAAGAAGUCUUCCUUAAGCCAGAAGAGCGGUAAGAAAUCUUCAUUGAGCCAAAAGAGCAGCAGCAAGAAAUCUUCUGUGAGAGUCUUAAGCCACAAGAAAAGCAAGGAUGGAAGCCAUUCCCCUAAUUCAAGACGCAGUAGCAGCAGUGGCGGUGAUCUUUUGGAUCGUAGUGGAAGCAGGCCAUCAGAAGGGAAUGUUUCAAUUGGCCUAAUCAGCAGUGAGAACUCAGACAGUGACAGCAGCAUACGAUCAGAGGAAAGGAGCAGCAUGCAUUUAAAUCAUACCAGCAGCAGAUCGGAGGAGGGAAUUGUUUAUUACCGAUAGAGAUUUAUCAAUGUCUGGUGGCAACAACAAUAACUUAAUUGGCGAUGAUGAAUACUAAAGGAGGCAUUUGGCAUCACAUGAUGUUUUGUAUACUUCUGUUGUUUGUCUAUACAUCAGUAUGUAUGGUCGAGUGAAACAAGUUAAGAUAACCGUAUAUGGUAUCCUCUAAAUUAAAACUUGAAACUCGAGCAUCUAUAUACAUACACAUAUAUACUUGUUUUUUUUAGUAGGCUUCAGCUAUAUUUCUGUAUCUACCUUUAGUUCAAGAACAACGAGAGACGAUUACCGUGAAUUUCCAUAGAGGAUUGUUGACAUUAUUGGAAACAGUGAUCCUCGUUUGUAUUAUGUAAUAAUUCUGAUGUUAUUCCUUUUGUCACAAAUUAAAUAUAGGUAUUUAUG